AUGGCACUGGCCUCUACAUUUGUUUCCUUGUCAAUAUUAUUAUUAUACUGCCUCACUUUGCUUUCCGUGAAUGCAUAUUCCUACAGAGAAUUCCUGCAAAUGGGGCAGUCAGUCAGAAUUUCUGACACAGUUGUUUCAUACGGUGGAAACUAUGAACUUGGAUUUUUCCACAGAGACAGAGACAACACCACCAAGUACUACGUAGGUAUAUGGUUCAAAAAGGUACCAAACGACAAGAUUGUUUGGGUUGCCAACAGAGAUUUCGCAUGCCAAACAUCCUCGGCGUUUCUUACCAUUCAACCUGAUGGUAACAUUGCGAUCAGAGAUGGACAUAUGACAUACAGUGUCACCAACGUUCCAAACAACAGUUAUAGUAAUUAUGCAACGCUGUUGGACUCAGGAAACUUAGUACUGUUGAACAACUCUAACAAAGCGAUUCUAUGGCAGAGUUUUGAUGAUCCAACUGAUACUCUUUUACCUGGAAUGACAAUCGGAUUAGGUAGGUCACUGAAGUCAUGGACAAGUGCAGACGACCCUGCUAUCGGACCAUAUACUCUCCAAUUUGAUUCCGGCUUAGCAAGUCUAACUGUAAAUAAAGGUUCAAAUGUCUUGUGGAUUGAUGGUAACUCCAAUUUAUCUAUUCAGAUUUUUUUCAACCGAGUCAGUUUGGAACAGACUUCUUACUACAAUCAGUUCACUCUCCCAAUUGCUAACAAAUCUCGAAUUGUAUUGGAAGUGUCUGGGGAUCUUAAACACGAAGGUUGGUCUGAGAAAUCCAAACGUUGGCUUUCUCUACAGUGGUCCAAGUGCGAAACAAACAAUUCGUGUGGAGUUUUUUCCAUUUGUAAUCCACAAGAUCAGGACCCUUGUCAGUGUCUCAAUGGUUUUGAAUCAUUUGAUGAUGAUUCUUGGAGGAAAGGGAACAGAUCAGCUGGAUGUGUAAGGUCAAAGAACUUGUCCUGCAACAUUACAGAUGGAUUUGUUAAGGUCGAUUCAGUGGAACUACCUCCAAAUCAUGUGAACAUGAAGCUGUAUUCUAUAGCACAAUGUAACAACACUUGCUUGACAGAUUGUUCUUGUCUUGCUUUUGCUUAUGAUUUAUUUGGAUUUAACUGCAUGUUGUGGAAUGAUCAACUACUCACUCUGAAGAACAUCUCAACUGAUAAUCAAGAUGAUGAGAAAAAUAGACCAAUUUUUUAUCUCAAACAUGCUGCCUCAGACAUUCUUACCACAAGUAAUGGAACAAAUGCAGCUAGCAGACAUGGAAACAGGAGGAGGAAUUUACUUCUAAUUGUUAUUUUAAUCCCAUUUCUAUUAUUGCUUAUAUUGCUUGGCUUAUUUGUUUACCGGACAAGAAAGCAAAGUAAGAAAGGGGAUGAUUUGCUCAAUUUUGAAGUAGGCAUGAGCAUGAUUAGUAAAGACUCUGAAAAGGGUACAAAAGUUAAAAGGAAAGAAGUCAAGUUACCAUUAUUCAGUUUUGUGAGCGUUUCAGCAGCGACGAAUAACUUUUCAGAAACAAAUAAACUCGGUGAAGGUGGCUUUGGACCUGUUUAUAAGGGUAUAUUAUUGAAUGGUGAUGAGGUUGCUGUAAAAAGGCUAUCUAAAAGAUCAGGUCAAGGAUGGGAGGAGUUGCGAAACGAAGCCUUGCUGAUUGCAAAACUCCAACAUAAUAAUCUAGUUAGACUUCUCGGAUGCUGCAUUGAAAGAGAUGAAAAAAUGCUUAUUUACGAAUUCAUGGCCAAUACAAGUUUGGAUUGUUUUCUCUUUGAUGCGGAAAAAAGAGAGACGCUAGAUUGGGGAACACGGGUUCGAAUAAUUGAAGGGAUCGCGCAAGGACUCCUAUAUCUGCAUCAAUAUUCUAGGUUUCGGAUCAUUCACCGAGAUUUAAAAGCUAGCAACAUUCUGUUAGACUCCAACAUGAAUCCUAAAAUAUCAGAUUUUGGAAUGGCGAGGAUAUUUAGUGAGAAUGUUCUUCAAGCAAAUACAAAUCGAAUAGUAGGAACUUAUGGCUACAUGUCUCCUGAAUAUGCGAUGGAAGGCGUUUUCUCAAUUAAAUCCGACGUGUUUAGCUUCGGAGUCCUUCUGUUAGAGAUUAUAAGUGGCAAGAAGAAUACUGGUUUUUAUCAAGCAAAUUCCUUUAAUCUUCUUGGAUAUGCUUGGGAUCUAUGGACCAACAAUUCUGGAAUGGACUUGAUUGAUUCAAAAGUAGAUAUGUCCAACAAGAAUUUAGUAACAAAAUAUGUGAAUAUAGGACUUCUGUGUGUACAACAAAGUCCAGAAGAUAGGCCAACCAUGUCUGAUGUUGUCUCAAUGAUUGGCAAUGACACUACAUCCCUUCCUAGUCCAAAGCUACCAGCAUUUCAAAAUGUGAGAAGUAUUGAAAAUUCAAGUCUCUCUAGAAGCACUGAAGAAAACGUUUCUGUCAAUGUUGUUACAAAUUCAAUAGUUGAAGCAAGAUGA